AUGAAUUCAUCAGUCAGUGAAAAAGUGUCAUAUAAAGUGUUGGUUAUCGGAGACCCGGGUGUCGGUAAAACCUCAAUUAUUCGAAGAUUUGUUCAUAAUGUUUUUUCAUCAAAUUAUAAAACCACGGUGAGUAUUUUUAUUGAUUUUUUUAAAUAAUGAUAAUACGAUAUUGUUCAGAUUGGUGUUGACUUCGCGUUGAAAAUACUGCCAGUUGAUGAAAAUACAGUGGUCCAUCUGCAAAUUUGGGAUAUUUCAGGUUAG